AUGGAUGAGUAUUUCAUGGGUCUUAUGUUCAAAAGCUCGAGCACCUUGGGUUCGCUCGUGCUCCUCUUGUCGCUCCUGAGCUGUCCCAGCAGCCAUGCCAUCCAGCUGGAGCCGAUCGGCAUCUACAACAACCUCGCCAACGCCGGUGCCGCUGUGGGGAGCGAGGAGUGCGCUCUGAUCCUCGACGGAGCCGGACGGAGCAGCCUCUACGACUACGCCUACAAUCUCCUCCGCGGCGGUGCCUACCCAACGAGCGUCGGCGGCCAGACUUGCAUCACCUACGACGCCGUCAAUCGAGCUUUCGUCGAAGCCUCCAAGCGAGUCCACGUGACCAAGCCGAAAAACGAGCAAUGGAAGCCCGAGUACCUCGCCAGCGUCGGCGAGCUGCUCCUCGACAUUUCCACGACCCUCGCGCAUACGUACGGUUUGACGGUAGAGCAGGUGGAGAAGAGCUUGCCGCUGCUCGACACCUCGAAGACGCUCGUGCGCGACGUGUGCCCGGCUUUCAUGAGCAACGUCGAGUGCCGGCCCGGCAAGUACCGGCGCUUCGACGGCCUCUGCACCAACUUGGAAAAUCCAAACUGGGGCGCGAGCAUGUCGCCCUUUGUCAGGUUGAUGACUCCCCGCUUCUCGGACGGCAUGAACGCACCGAGGGUAAGCGUGACCGGCCGAGACUUGCCGCUCUCGCGCGUCGUCUCGCGCACCAUACAUCCUGACGAAGGCUUCCACGACCACGCGGGCACGAUCAUGGUGAUCGCCUGGGGCCAGUUCAUGGAUCACGAUUACACGCUGACCGCGACACCUCUUGACCCAAUGAAUCGCAACGACCCGGAAGAGUGCUGCAACCGUCCCCCGGAGCACAAGAACCCCUACUGCAACGAGAUACUCAUCCCCGAAGACGACUACUUCUACCGACUCUUCAAAGUGCGCUGCAUGGACUUUGUGCGCGCCUUCCCCGCGGUCAGGCCGGGCUGCCGUCUCGGUAGCCGCGUGCCCUUCAACCUCCUCACCGGCGUCCUCGACGGCAACACCAUCUACGGGAUCAGCGACGAGUUUGCCAGCAAACUGCGAACCGGUUACGCCGGGCUGCUGCGCAUGAAUCCCGUGUUCGAGGAGUACGGCCUGAAGGACCUGCUCCCCCUGAAGCUCGACAUACCCGACGAGGGCUGCACCCGGCCCAACCGCUCCAUGUACUGUUUCGAGGCUGGUGAGAUCAGAGUGAACGAGCAGCUGGUGCUCACGUGCAUGCACACCCUGAUGGCGCGGGAGCACAACAGGGUCGCCAAGGGCCUCGCUGAGGUCAAUCCCCACUGGGACGACGAGACGCUCUUCCAGGAGGCCAGGCGCAUCGUCAUCGCCGAGAUCCAGCACGUCACCUACAACGAGUUCCUACCCAUGCUCCUCGGCAAGAGCACCAUGGAGAAGUUUGGCCUCGUUUUGGAGAAGGAAGGCUACUGGGACGGCUACGACUCGAACGUGAACCCCGGGGUGAUAGACGCCUUCGCGUCGGCGGCCUUCAGGUUCGGCCACUCGCUGCUGCCGACGGCCAUCGAGCGCUGGAGCAAAGCUCACAAGUUCAUCGCUGCGAAGCGAUUGUCCGACCUGAUCAGGCGGCCGUUCGACUUGUACAGAGCCGGUGUGUUCGACGAGUACUUCAUGGGCCUGAUGAACCAAGUUGCCCAAGCUAUGGACGACUCGAUCACGCAAGAGGUGACCAAUCACCUUUUCAAGAAAGUGGGCGCCAAGUUCGGUAUGGAUCUGGUCUCGUUCAAUAUGCAGCGGGGCCGCGAGUUCGGCAUUCCCGGAUACAUGGAAUUCAGGAAAUUUUGCGGACUACCCUGGGCCGACACCUUCGACGAGCUCUUGGGCUCCAUGCCCAACGAAACUGUGCGCCGGUACUCCACUAUUUUUGAACACCCAGCUGACGUGGAUCUGUGGUCGGGCGGAGUUUCCGAGAGACCCUUGCCGGACAGCAUGCUCGGGCCAACCUUUGCCUGCAUCAUCGCCACCCAGUUUAGCAAUUCCAGGCGAGGCGAUCGAUUCUGGUACGAACUUCCCAACCAGCCGUCGUCGUUCACUCCUGAACAAUUGCGAGAGUUGAAAAAAGCCAGAUUGGCCAGAAUCAUCUGCGACAACACCGAUUUGAUCGACUCGUUGCAGCUAUAUCCCAUGGUUUUGCCCGAUUACGAAGUCAAUCCACGAGUGCCAUGUAAAGCUGGGAUCCUCCCGAGAAUAGAUUUCAGUAAAUGGGCGGAGUUUCCCGAGGCGGCUUACGCGCAACAAUACGUGAACGACUUUGUGGGGCAGUAUGGUCAAUUCGUGAAAUGA